AUGAUUUGGACAAUACUGCUUCUUUUACUAUCACAAAUAUGUUGUGCUAGUGAGCGCAAGUUCGACGUUAAGGACGACAUCUUCGCCUUCCCUCAGUACGAUGUUACCUUUUCGUCCUCCUAUAUCCUUCAAGAUGAUGCUUUUGCGAAGCUAGAUGCAAACCAGGGUCAAAGACAGGGUGAUGUAGCUUACGACUACGAAUAUCUGAUCGGCAACGGUAGACCAUAUCUUUGCGCAAUACCUCAAGUUACACUCAACGUGAACGAGACUGAGGAUAACCCAGCCCUCGAAACAGAGCAUGACCUAGUUGCGGCUGCCGAUCGAGGCUGGCAGUUGCUGAAAGAUAUGGAGGGACAACAAUGUUUAUACUACACCACAGGUUGGUGGUCGUACAUGUUCUGCUAUAAUUCCUAUGUGAAGCAGUAUCACGCUCUUCCAGCUCAACAGGCUCGACAAUGGCCACCCGCCGAGGAUCCGAACACCCCGAGCUAUGUUCUGGGCAGCUACGAUUCCAGUCCGGGAAAGAAGGCUACCAUAGAUGGUUCUCCUCAGCCAAAGCCCGGAGACUUACAGACUCAGUCGGAGACAACCUUUCUCGUCCAAAAACUGGACAAUGGUACGCCUUGCGAUCUGACAGGAAAGCCGAGGAAGGUAGAAGUCCAGUACCAUUGCAGUCCAGGCACUCCCGAUCAUAUCGGUUGGAUCAAGGAGACUGCGACUUGCGCGUAUCAGAUGGUCAUCUAUACCUCCAGACUGUGUAACGAUGCUGCAUUCCAGCCUCCCAAACAAGCACAUGUACAUCGGAUCGAAUGUCAACCGAUCUUGUCGCAAGAGGAAGCUGAAAACUGGUCAUCCACUCAGACCGAAACGCCUCAAAUAGAAGACAGUCAGAAACAACGAACAAUGGUUGGCCGAGUCGAAUUAGGCGGAAGACAACUCGUAGGAGCUGAAGGCAAGAAGAUCGAACGAGGUCGAGUUGUUUUGACCCCAGAGGAGCAAGCUGAGAUUGUGGUCAUCCAAAAGGACGGUCAGAUCCAGGCUCUAUCAUCCUCCCAGCUGAAAAAGUUGGAGCUCAAUCCCGAUGAGAUUGCUGCCUUUCAGAAGGAGAUACAAGAGAUUGCAGGGAACCACGACUGGAAGAUAGAACGGCUAGGUGUCGAUGCCAACGGCCAACGCUCGUUACGCGGUGUGGUAGAUGCAAAGAAGAAGGGUCAAACAAAGGACACCGUUCAACCUGAAGAAGACGAUCAGGUGGAGGAGGGAAGCGAAGAGCAUUACAAAACUGAACUUUAG